AUGGAAGCAUCUCCCCUUGCUGGGCAUUCCGAAGGCCUCUCGUCCGGCGAUGCCCGGGGACAGUCUGCGUCCCGUUUGUCUUUGUCGGCGUUUCCCUCGGAGGCGAGCGCCGGCGCGCCUGCGCAGGCAUCGGGAGGCGAGGCGACGCCUGCGCGGCUACGUCGUCCAACCUUGUCCCGCUCUCAACUCGCCGAGAACUUUGCGCUGGCUGCGGCGCGCCGCUUCGAGGACGGACGGCCGGAAAAGGAAAAGGCUGCAUGCGCAGCGGAGCGAAUCGACGGAUCGUCCUCGGUGGUCUCGACACCGAGCACGCUGGAGGCCCAGCUCUCCGGAGCGUCGGAGCCGAGUCCACUUUCUGCGGCGUCUCCGGUCCCCCCUGUGGCCAUCGGCGGUCCGUGGGUAGGUUGGAGCGCCGGCAGCCAAGUCAGCGACGUGUAUCCGGCCUCGGAGUCAAAUGCAGUCCUUCAGAGAUGCCCGAAUCGCCCCGAGGAUGUCCCUGGAGACGAGACGCCGCGCGGAGACAGGGGAGGGACGUCUUCGGCGCCCGCGACGAGUCCGCGUUUGCCCCUCGGGGCGACUGUCUCGAAUAAGCCUUCCGACGCCUCGGCGGCCAAGGGCCAAAGGACAGGGGACAGGACAGGCGCGGCGAGGUUUUUGGGGCGCAUGCAGCGGAGCGGCAGCUGGUUGCCGAAGCGGGGGAGUGGUCCGGCAACCGACCAGAGCACGGUCUCGGCUCCCGCGAGUCGGGACCCGUCGCGGUCGCGGCGGCGGGGGUCAGGAUGGCCUUCCGUCAGCCGCAGUUUGUCGCUCACGCUGACCAUCAAGCGACUCUUCACGCGCCGCGUGAACCGGAAAGACGGAGCGCUCGUGCCUGCCGAGUUGCCCGACGGCGUAGCCGGCGCGCCGGGCGGCUCCACGAAGGCAGGCGGCGAGACGACUCCGGCCUGCGGAACAGAGGCAGAGACGGACGCGAGCGGUACCGUGCGGACGGGCAUCGCCUCAGACACUGUCAGAGGCUCCAGCAGAUGGCGGAAGCGGCCGUCGGGGCAUCUUUUUUUGCGAGGCCUGUACCGCUCGCGGGCUCGCGCGCCCGGACGGCUGCGGGCGCAUCCGCGGCCGGUCCAGGAGGCGAAGGGACCGUCCCUCGGAGCGCCUGAGGGUGGUGUGGCCCCGCCGCCUUUGCACGCCGGCGCAGGCAAGGGAGCGAAGGGCGCGUCGUUGAGUGCGCGCCAGGAGGACGUGGAAAACGAGGACGCGAAACGGGCCACGCACGCGGCGACGACUGCUGGCGGGGACACCGGUUCGACGUCGGCGCCGGGGGGCGACUUCUCCCUCGCGAGUUCUCGCCAGACGAGUUUUCUGGAGCCGCCGGCGCACGCGCUGACGGACUCGAACGUGGAGCGCAGCGAGCGAGAGUCGCUCUUGCGGCAGGCAGACUCCGACUGCUCGAGCGGCCGACCCAGCCAGGCGGCGCAGGGCGGCUUCGAUCUCUCGAAGGUCGACGUUUUUCCCGAUGUGCUUGAGGACGAGGACGGCGAAUGCAGCCAGGUGGUCAGUGUGACGCAGCCGGGCGACGACGAGGCCUGCGCUGCGGAGAAGCCGUUCGCGAAGCUCGACAGAGACCAAAAGAAGACGAGGGGACCGGACGGCGAGGCGAAAGCGGAGGGAACGCCUCGCAUGGACCACGGCCAGGACCCAAAGAACGCAAAGGUCGAGAAGGCAAUGCCCGCUCAGAAAGGCCCUCGAAACGAAAAGCCGGCAGGCGCGCCAAACAGGAAGGUUCCCUCAAAGAGAGACGGCCGAAAAGUGAACAAGUUCUCGAGGCGGACCAUGCAUCGACUGGUCAUGAAGCAAUUCAAAGUGACCACACUCGAUGUGUCAGAUCUCCGCCUCGUGCUCCGGUACAAAUCUGUAUACCUUGACGACGUCACAGGCCUUCUCGAGGUGGACCGUCUUCCCGGAUUCUCAGGGCACGUCCAUACAGCCCCAACAGAGAAGAACAGAUGGCUGAAUCGCCCGCGGUGGAGUUCCCGCUUCUUCGUGUUGCACCACGGCCACUGGUUUUGGUUCCGCGACGAGCGCUCGUUCCGGACGGGGGGUCUGAGUGCGUCUCUGGGCUCCAUUUCGCUUCUCAUCAAUCCCUUCACCAUCGAUCUUCAUCCCAAGUGCACGACGCGGUUCUGUGUGAGGUUCGGAGACUGGUAUGCCGUGCAAAUCGACACCAGCAUCGAAAAGAAGGACCGAGGCGAAUGGGCGGUCCUCUUUCUGGCGGCAGGGAAUCUGGGCGAGCAAAUUCGCAUGUGCUUUCUCGACAUCGACUGGCAAGACGUCCAAGAUCGCGGGCGUCUCACAGCCAAACAGAACGGCCUGGCGCCUUGA